GUUUUAUUCGUGGCUGGCUUGUCUUUUGUUAUCGGUUUAGAAAGAACAUUUAGAUUCUUCUUUCAAAAACACAAAAUGAAAGCAACGGGCUUUUUCCUGGGUGGUGUGCUCAUAGUUCUCAUUGGUUGGCCUUCAAUAGGAAUGAUCCUUGAAAUUUAUGGGUUCUUCCUAUUAUUCAGGGGGUUCUUUCCUGUGGUGGUUGGCUUUAUUAGAAGAGUUCCAGUUCUUGGCUAUCUCUUGAAUUUACCUGGUAUAAGCUCGCUUGUAGAUAAAGUUGGAGAAAGCAACAACAUGGUAUAAUGACAAGAGGGCAGAAGACUGGUUCUAAGCUUAUUGUAUUAUUUAUAAAAUCCUUUUGAAGAAUACUCAGCACAAAGAUUAUGUUGUGUACAAAGGAAAAGCUUGUUACAUUAUUUACAUAACAGUUUAAUUUAAAAUGUAUAGUCAACAAUACACUAGAAAAGAAGCUGAGCAAGUAUGCUUCUAGGAAAGUAACUCCAGAGUUCAGGAAGUAAACCGAAGAGGUGAAAGUUGUGGAAUAACCCAUGUUACAACUCUUCAAGACUAUUUUGUUGUUUUUGGAAAACAUGCUAGAGGCAACAAACCCUUAUGGAAUUAAUGGUGCCUGUACUUUACCUCCUUAUUUUGAAGGUGCAGUAGAGCAAACAGGCCUACAUUUUUAAGGGUAGCCGAAACUUAUCCAACCCUCUGCUUGCUAUCCUCGGAGUACAAAAAAAAAAACCAAAAAACACCAGAAAACUUCUUGUGUAACAAGAGAUGUGUUUUUGCAUGAAGGUUAAGAUGACUAUUCAUCUUUAAAUGUAUUAAGACAAAAAAAGGAAACCCUACACGGUUCUGUUGUAAGCAUUUUUGGAAAUAUGUGGCUGAAAUAAAACAUUAUCAUAAUGUUUCAGAGCCAAAUGUGAGUUGAUUGUAUUUGCCUUUUGUUUCGGAAUAUGCAAAAGGUCAAUCGUUAAUAACUUCAGUCUUAAAGGUUGCUUCUGAACAUGUAGACCUCAACAGGGAACUCUGGAAACUGACUUGCACUCCUUCCAGUUUGUUCUCCUUGAGUCAUGUUACACAUACAUCCAGAUGAGAAUGUAGCCCCUUGUCACUAACAUGAAAACUUUGUGAAAAAUGCUUAGUUCAAAAAAAAUUCAUUUGGUUAAGGUGCUGACUUGAACCCUGUGAAAUGUAUCUUAUCAAAAUUUGAACCUUUGUUUUUAAAUAGUUUGAAGCUAAGGUUUCUUUGUUUACUCUGGAACUGCAAAUUGACUUUUAUUUUUUACAGUAAUAAAAUGAAAACUUA